UUAGAGCUGCAGAAGCGGUUUUUGUGUGUGUCCUGAGCUCCCUCUCCCUCUCCCUCUCUCUCUCUCUCUACCCCCCCCUCUCUCUCUCUCUUUCCCUCUCUCCCUCCCUGCACAGUUGGACCCGGAGCUGCCGGUGGAGAUGAGCGUGGUGACUCUCGUGUUAACACUCCGCGUCCGGAAUGCAGAUGGAUCGGUCGAGACGAGCUUCCAACAUAGAGCUUCCCGUUCCGGAGUUGCACCUGAGAGACGACUGUGCGUCUGAUGGAUUACACGCCGUUUCCUGCGAGCUGCUGACAUGAACCCAGAGGCCAGUGAGACGCGGAGGCGCUCGCCAUCGGGAGGAAUCUGAGACCCUGGGUGAGCCCCGCCAGCACGACGACAGCAUUCAGUGAAGUGAGGAGGAGAACCCGUGGACUUGUUAUGGUGCGGCAUCGGACCCGCCGCACGCUCCUCACCCGUUUGUAGCGCCCCCUACCCUCCACCCCAUGUCACACGUCUUCGGCGAAUUAUGGAGAUUUUGUGGAAGACGCUGACUUGGACACUGAGCCUGGUGGUGAUGGCGGCUUCUGAAUUUCAAAGACUUUCACACAACUCUCAAGAGGAGUUCCUGUCCUACCUGCAGCACUACCAGGUGACGGUCCCGGUGCGGGUGGACGAGAGCGGGGAGUUCCUGAGCUACACUGUGAAGCACCACCGGCCGGGCCGGCGGAGACGCGGGCCGACGGACCCCGCGGUGGGGCAGCUGCCCGCCUUGGACCCGGACCCCCAGCCUCCGCAGCCCCGGCUGUUCUACAGGCUGUCGGCCUACGGAAAGCACUUUCACCUGAACCUGACGCUGAAACCCCACCUGGUGUCCAAACAUUUCACCGUGGAGUACUGGGGGAGGGACGGCCUGGAGUGGCGGCACAACGCGGUCGACAACUGCCACUACGUCGGAUUCCUGCGAAAUCGGCAGAGCACGACCCGAGUGGCGCUCAGCAACUGCAAGGGCCUGCACGGUGUCAUAACAACAGAGGAGGACCAGUAUUUGAUAGAGCCAUUAAAGAACAUCUCCUCCGUCGGCUCCAGUGAAUGGAACCGGGACGAAGCACAGCAACAUGUUAUUUAUAAAAUGUCUGCCAUUCCCUCACCACAAGAGCACAGCCAGGGGCUCAGCUGUGGCAUUUCAGACCUCAUUAAAAGCAGCGCACCCCGCCAGUGGAGCGCGCCUUCCCCCGGCCGCUCGGCCCCCGCGCCCCAGAACCAGAGCGAUCGGACAUACGGCGCCCGCAGACGGAGGCGAUCCAUCAGCUCGGAGCGCUUCGUGGAGACGCUCGUGGUGGCCGAUAAGAUGAUGGUCGGCUACCACGGACGCAAAGACAUCGAGCACUACAUCUUGUCCGUGAUGAAUAUUGUUGCCAAACUUUACCGUGAUGCCAGUCUAGGAAAUGUUGUGAACAUUAUUGUGACCCGGUUGAUUGUUCUGACUGAAGAUCAGCCUAACCUGGAGAUCAACCACCACGCUGACAAGUCUCUGGACAGUUUUUGCAAGUGGCAGAAGUCCAUCCUAUCUCAUCACAGCGACGGCAACAGCAUUCCUGAAAACGGGAUGGCUCACCAUGACAACGCUGUCCUAAUCACCCGGUAUGACAUCUGCACCUACAAGAACAAACCCUGCGGUACCUUAGGCUUGGCCUCGGUGGCUGGAAUGUGCGAGCCGGAGAGGAGUUGCAGCAUCAAUGAAGACAUCGGCCUCGGUUCGGCUUUCACCAUCGCACACGAGAUUGGCCACAAUUUCGGCAUGAACCACGACGGCAUCGGGAAUUCCUGCGGCACCAAAGGCCACGAGACGGCCAAGCUGAUGGCCGCCCACAUAACGGCCAACACCAACCCGUUCACCUGGUCCGCCUGCAGCAAGGACUACAUCACCAGCUUUCUCGACUCAGGUCGGGGGACGUGUCUGGACAAUGAACCAAUGAAACGAGACUUCCUGUACCCAACAGUGGCCCCGGGGCAGGUGUACGAUGCAGACGAGCAGUGUCGCUUCCAGUAUGGAACCUCCUCACGCCAGUGCAAGUAUGGGGAAGUGUGUAGAGAGCUCUGGUGCCUUAGCAAAAGCAACCGCUGUGUAACCAACAGCAUCCCCGCCGCCGAGGGGACCCUGUGCCAGACCGGCAGCAUCGAGAAAGGGUGGUGCUACCAGGGGGACUGCAUGGCAUUCGGUACCUGGCCCCAGAGCGCGGACGGGGGCUGGGGGCCCUGGUCGUCGUGGGGGGAGUGCAGCAGGACCUGUGGGGGUGGUGUGUCCUCCUCCAAGAGGCACUGUGACAGCCCAGCCCCGUUGGGAGGAGGGAAGUACUGCCUCGGAGAGAGGAAACGUUACAGAUCUUGUAAGACCGACGCCUGUCCCGCAGGAUCUCGGGAAUUCCGAAAGAAGCAGUGCGCCGACUUUGACAGCAUGCCUUUCCGCGGGAAAUACUACAACUGGAAGCCUUACACUGGUGGUGGUGUGAAGCCCUGCGCGCUCAACUGCCUGGCGGAGGGAUACAACUUCUACACCGAGCGCUCUCCGGCCGUCAUCGAUGGCACCCGGUGCCAGGCCGACUCCCUGGACAUCUGUAUCAAUGGAGAGUGCAAGCACGUGGGCUGCGACAACAUCCUGAGCUCCGACGCCAAAGAGGACCGAUGCCGCGUGUGCGGCGGCGACGGCAGCACCUGCGAGGCCACGGAGGGACUCUUCAACGAGUCUCUACCCAGAGGAGGCUACAUGGAGGUGGUUCAGAUCCCAAAAGGAUCCGUUCACAUCGAGAUCAAAGAAAUUGCCGUGUCGAAGAAUUACAUCGCGCUGAAAUCCGAAGUGGACGAUUAUUACAUCAACGGCGCGUGGACCAUCGACUGGCCCAGGAAGUUUGACAUCGCCGGGACGGCCUUCCACUACAAGAGACCCUCCGACGAGCCGGAGUCCUUACGGGCGCUCGGAGCUACCACUGAAACCCUGGUUGUCAUGGUCCUCCUUCAGGAGCAGAACAUGGGAAUACGCUACAAGUUCAACGUUCCCAUCCAGCGAACAGGAAGUGGGGACAACGAGGUGGGCUUCUCCUGGCACCACCUGCCCUGGUCUGAAUGCUCCGCCACCUGCGCUGGAGGCUCCCAGAGGCAGGAGGUGGUGUGUAAGCGGCUGGACGACAACUCGGUGGUCCAGAACAACUACUGUGACCCGGACAGCAAACCUCCAGAGAACCAGAGAGACUGCAACACGGAGCCGUGUCCUCCAGAGUGGUUCAUCGGCGACUGGUCCGAGUGCGGGAAGACAUGUGACGGCGGGAUGCGGACGAGGACGGUCGUCUGCAUCCGGAGGAUCGGUCCCGCCGAGGAGGAGACGCUGAAGGACACGCACUGCCUGACCCACCGCCCGAUCGAACAAGAGUCGUGCAACAACCAGUCCUGCCCUCCGAAGUGGGUCCCCUUGGACUGGUCGGAGUGCACGCCGAAAUGCGGGCCGGGCUUCAAGCACCGCAUCGCCUUGUGCAAGAGCAGCGACCUCGCCAAGACCUUCCCGCCCGCCCACUGCCCGGGCCACAACAAACCGCCGGUCCGCAUCCGCUGCAGCUUGGGACGCUGUCCGCCUCCUCGCUGGAUCCCCGGUGAAUGGGGACAGUGCUCGGCCCGGUGCGGCCUCGGCCAGCAGAUGAGGACGGUCCAGUGUCUCUCCUACACCGGGCAGCCGUCCCACGAGUGCUCCGAGUCCCUCCGGCCCGCCACCAUGCAGCAGUGCGAGAGCAAGUGCGACGCCACCCCCAUCGCCAACGGCGACGAGUGCAAAGAUGUAAACAAAGUGGCGUACUGCCCGCUGGUGCUGAAGUUCAAGUUCUGCAGCCGUGCGUACUUCAGGCAGAUGUGCUGCAGGACCUGCCAGGGACGCUGACGCCUCGGAGAGGGAACGGGCUCGAAAGACGGAGGAAGGGAGGCUGACGCUGCGAGAGGAGAGAGGGGAAGAAAACCCCCCCGAGAAAGCCUCUCUGGACGCGUGGAAGACAGACGGAGAGAGAUCAGCGGCAGGAGGGGGAGGAGGAGGAGGAGGAGGAAGGGUUUCCCUGUUCAUCUCCCCCGGUCCUCCGGCCCUCCAUCCGUUGGCGGACUCCGAAAAAACCCAGAGAUCUCGAUUUGUCACUUCUGUGAAGUGGAACCUCGGGAAGAUUAUUCGUCGUGUUUUUUUAAAAUUAUAAUAAUAAUUAUCGAGAUCGUCGCGAAGUCUUCCGCCGCGUUUGUCGUUUUUUAAUGAAUCCAAAGUGCCGGACGAGGCGGACGCAGACGGACGAGAGGGGAGGACCCCUCGCUAGAAGAUGGGGUGGGGGGGGGAGGAGCCGGAAGUGUCAGGCUCCCGUCUUUUGGGACCGCUGUGACGGCGCUGUCGGCCGGCAGAACUUUGGCGUCGGUGCACUUUUUCCGUGUAAAUACUUUAGCUCAGAUCAGGACCCCCAUCAUCGGCGUACUGUAUAUUUAUUGUACAACUCCAAAAACAGAGCUGAGAUGUCGUCGGAUAGUUCGCCGACUGAAGGGAACGCAACGCGAUUUAACUUGUAUUCAACGUCUCUGUGCUGGAAUGAAAAAUAUUACAUGCCGAAACAUAACGGUAAGAAAACCCUGAUAUACCGUAAGGAUUUAUAUAUUAUAUACGAUGUUAAUCCAGGAUCCAGAAAAUACCACGUGGUGAUAGAAUGUUUGAAUGGCUUUUUUUCUCUCCUCAGACGGGUGCCUUAGUUGCUCACGCAUAAAUCCAUUAUGUUAGUCCAGAGUGACGUGGAGAGGUUGUCAGGCGGUGCCACGUGAAAUAUGAAAUCACCGAACCGGCCUUUACCGAACGUCCCAGUGAGCGGCUCUCGGUUCGCGAUUGAAGGAUUCAUUUUGAAGGAGCACAUUCUACGAAAGCAGCUCGUUUAUCGGGAAUUCGCGACGCAGUUCGUUUGUCUUUUAUCUUUUGGGCUGGAUGGUUAUGUAAUCAGACGUUUUCAUAUUUUUGUAUUUGAAUUGUGUUGGCGCUGAUGAGGUUUAAAGGAAAAAACGUCAGUUUCUUUCUCGCCGAGAGUUUAACGAGGAGACACCUCUCGCGUCUGUGAAUGUGAAGCUUGAGCCGGCGGGCUUAGCUUAGCAUAAAGAAUGGGAACGGGUGGAAACCGUUAGCGUGGCAGCAACGCUCCGUGCGCCGCAGCUCGGCUAACAAUAGUCCGCGCUAAAGAUUUGUACGCGUAGUUUAUCGUUUACGCAACUUAAUGGACGUGUUAGUUGCGACAUCCCAUGCGGUCGCUAUGCGCUAUGUGCUAUGCGCUAUCCCUCUAAAGCCGAGCAUCAUUUUGGAGGCUUGAAAUAGUUUGGCACUUAAAUGCCCCUCGGAAAUGUUUUACAUCUUGUUUUUCUUGAAAGGAUUAAAAAAAAAAACAGAAGUAAUUUGUGGAUUUUAGGGUGGCUAGGUGUGUCCCCCCCCCCCCCCCGUUUCCAGUGUUUAUGCUAAGCUAAGCUAACUGAGUGUAGUUUUAUAUUUGGUCUACAAACGUCGUGUCAAACCUCUCGUCUCAUUCUCAGCCAGAGAAUGAGGAGCCUAAGCGUAUUUCCCAAAAUGUCUUAACUAUUCAUUUUAAGUAAGCGUAUGCUGGUGCUAAAUAUACACAACCAUUAUGAAUAUGUUGCCAGGCUUCAGACCCCCCCCCUUUCCAUCUCGUCAUCCUUCAGCAAAAAAAGACUCAACGGCGCUUUGACCCUCUUUUUAUUUAGGUAUUUCCUGUGUUCCGGCCUCCCCGGGCUUCUGCGGUGCUAUCAAGCGGUCCACUCAACCCUCCAGCGUGCUUCAGAGUGAGGCCGCAUCCAAACAAUAUGAAAUGAUAUCCUCGUCAAUCAAUAUCCGUGUUGCGAAAUGCCGGUCAUGUUGUUGUUGUUUUUUGUCCGUAUCGGUUUAUACCUCACACUGGGAAUGUUGUCCGUGCCACAAAACAAAAUGGACCCGUAGCCGACGUACCCAGGGGGCGUUCCUGCUGGUGUAAGCGGGGGCGGGGAAAGGGAACGCCGCCGCGGAGAAGGAGUCUUGAGAAAUCCUGAAAGACGAUCGAGGAGCGCGUGCGAGAAUCUCAACUAAUCCUCUAAUUUUGCUGCUGCUACUUAUUUUUUUUCUCCCGUAGCCACCUUCGGUACGACGAUGUCGAGCAGAUUUUAUCGGUUACCGAACCCUCGAGCGAGGCCGUCGGGACGGGCCGGUGGACGCUGAGAAGCGCUCGGACUCGCUGGUCCACGAGGCCUCCGGAGCAAUACAAAAAGAAAAGAAAGAGAACUGGUACUCAUUGCUGUGAACUUGGAUGUUUGAAUGUCACGUUGCUUUUUUUUUCUCCCUUCACCUAAAGUGCGAGAGGAAUGCAAAGCGUCAUGUGAUCAGCUGCGUAUAUUUUAUAUUCAGUAUUACUGUUGGUACACUGUUACUAAUUUCUUUCUUUCUCCAAAUGUAAAUUAUAUGCUAAUUUAUUGCGUUGUCUCACUUGUACAUUUAUUUCACUGCAUGCGGACUACAUUUUUAGCAUAGUGGGGGGAAAAAAAUGCAGCGAUGCAGCCCUUCACCAGCCCCCUCCUUAUCGCCCCUCCCUCCCCCAUCCCCCUUUUAAGAAAAGUAGAUACAAUAAAAAGAGCAGCUUUUAAAGAGA